AUGUAUAUACCAAAACGUAUGCCAGACUGCAAUUAUUUUAGGAAUCUGUGGUGGAAUAAAGGGGAAUUUAACCCAAAAGCAAAGUGGGAAGCAGUAACUCUCCCGUAUAAACUUGCUGUUGGAGUUACAUUUGAUGAGUUUGUACGCCGCUCGGAAGAAUCCAAUGCUCACGGCUGUUGGGAGUGGACUAAUGGUGAUGUUAUGGUCUACGAGUGGCCAUCAGAGCCACAUGAAAUUUGUAUCAGAACGAUAUAUGAUGAACUAUUGAAAGCUUGUAUUUCCGUAAUAAGGACAAAUGCAAGGAUCUAUAGUCUUGGAUCAAGUACAACUCGUGCCAAUGGUGAAGGAAAAGAAGCUGACGAUUCAUAUAGACCAAAAAAAAUACUCGCAAUUCCUCCAAAUGGGAGUGAUCGAUACAACUGCCCUUGGCCAAAUGUUAUUGUCGAGAUUGCGUAUUCAGAGUCAAUAGAUCAUGUUACAAAAAAAGUGAAUGAAUACUGGCUUCGCCCUAAUCGUGAAAGGCCUUCUCGUAUGAGAGCAUGGCAUUAUUGCGUUCUCGAUAGAGUAACAAGAAAUAUUUUUCCAGCUAGGACUACGUUUGAAUUCGGCAUGCAAAACGGUAAUGGAGCACCAUUAAAUAUCCAACCUGGUUCGUGUGUUAUCAACAUUAAACUAGACUGUCUGUACCAUGAUUUAGAUCCUAGUAUACAAAUCCCUCGAAAUACUCUUUCAGAUCCAAUUACUUUGGAUUUCUUUUAUGUUCAACAAGCAAUUGUAGAAGUUUUUAUGGGUAGGGAUUAA